AUGGAUCUUAAUAUGGACAACUGUAUUUCGCAGAUAACUUUUGGGCAAGAAAAUGACCAAAUUAACGGAACUACUGUCCUGACUAACCGAAUGCGAGAUGCAAAGCAUUCUUGCGAGUUACUGAAGCAUAUAUAUGAAGCAAGAGCUUCCAUCGAACAAGAAUACGGACAGAGAAUGAUGCAAAUGGCACAAGAUAUCAGAGUACCUGAUGAGGAAACUGGAGGUGUUAGAGAUAUAAUAGAUGCCGUUCAGCAGGGAUUAGAAAGCACAGCAGAAAAUAAAUUGCAGUUGUCUGAAGCAAUAAGAUCCAAUCUUGUACUUCCACUGUCGAACCUAAUCCAAGGACAAAAGAGCAUUAAAGCACAGACAGAUUCAACUAUUCAAAAGUCCCUCAGUGCCCGACAAUUACAUACUCGCGAGAGAUACAAUUCCGAAUGCUUAAGAGCCAAUAAAGAACUGCAGAAAUGUACAGCCAAAGAACGAAAAUCUCAUUACAUGAGGUCAAACACUGUGAUCAACAACCUAUAUAAAGAUCACGAAGAUUCCAUGACCCAUCUUGAAACAGCUGUGAAUAACUGGAAUACCGAGUGGCGAUUUGGCUGUGAGAUAUUCGAGCAACUUGAAGAAGAACGGAUAGAAUUCUUUAGGGAAAACCUUGCACAGUAUUACACACUAUUGUUAGAAAAUUGUGAGACAAAAGAAUCAUUUGAUAUUUCACGUCAGAAUGUUCUUGAUAUUAAUGUUGAUAAGGAACUCGAUCAAUUUGUCAAAGACCAUAGAUCAACCAGCACAAUCCCAAAUAUGAUAGAUUACAUCAGCUUUUCAGCAGCUACUGCCACUACUGAUGAUACAGAUACAGAUACUAAUCCGCAGCAAGAUGUAACCAGACAAAGAUUCGAACAGACCACAGAACAUACACCACGCCGAGAUCCAGACCCUAGACCUUCUAAAUCAGUCCUUAAAAACAAAACUCCAGAAAUAAAACAAAAUAUACGAUCAUCACAGCCAUCAAAACUGUCACAGCCACCACAGGAAGCUCCACGGGCCAUGUUGGCUCAUAUGAAAAUAUAUGAUUGGGAGGAGAGUGACGAGGACCAAGACAGUGACGAGUAUCAAGAGAGUGACAUUGAAAAUGACAAUGGUAGUGACAGCUACAGCUCUCACGAUCGAGAGAUAGCACGGACAAUAGCUCAAGCUUCCAAAGACGAAUGCCAUGAUAAUCAUCUUGUAACCAGCUCUCCGCUACCCAUGACCUCUUCCGCCGAACCGUCCGUCGAUCCAAUUUUGGAUAUGCCUUCUGUUGAUGCAAACUUUGAUGACUCGCCCCGGUCAUCUAGUUCGAGAGUCAAUGACGAACUCGAAGACAUGCUGCAACAACUCGAAAAACAAAAGAAGGUUUCCAGUAUUGGUUCUGCCAAAGGAGCCAGUAUUACAUCCUCACGCUACCCACCUCGUCAACGACCGACUAAAAAUACUACUACUACUACUACUGCUGCUAGUGGUACUGCUAGUGCUAUUAGUGCAACUAAAAUUAAUCACCUUCAGCGUAAUGAAAGCGGUAGAUCCACAAGUUCGAUGGAGUCAUCUGCAAGUGAUGACUUAUUUGAUCCUGUGUCCAGAAAAUCCACUGCUCCCACUCUCUCGAGUGUUGGGUCGGGUAAUCCACUUGGAACAAGCAGAAACACACUGGCAGAUUUGGAUAUGAAUGUGAAUCCAAAUCGGCAGCAGAGUCCAAGCACAGGCCAGAGCAGAAAUGAUCUAGAAUCUUGGCGAUCAGAAUCCAUGAGUCCAUCUAAUACGGGUACUGAACUGACAUUUGUUGAUUACGCAAUUGCUCGAUUUGAUUAUGCUGCAAAGGAUGAAGAUGAGAUUUCAUUUACAAAGGGAGAUCUGUUGGGAAUUAUUGAUAAAAACGAGGAUGGUUGGUGGUUGAGUCGUCGCUGGGAAGAAGCCAGUGGAUGGUCAGAACAAGGUUGUGCCCCAAAUAAUUACUUGACAUUGGUUGAAGCGUAG